AUGGCUAUUUUGAGUGUUAUUAGUGAGGGAUUGAGGUCGGAAUUCAGGAGAGAAUUGAAUCAGAGUUCUGACCCGAGGAUUGGUUCUUCAAGAGACAACUCCACAAGUUCAACCGUAACAGCUGCAGCAUCAGGGUCGAAUUCCUCGUCAUUUUCUUCACUGUUCUCCACUUUGAUACCUGUGGGCGUUUUUGCUGCAGUUUGUACCAUCUCCUUCUUGGUGUUACGGAGAAAGUAUCCAAGGGUAUAUGCCCCAAGGACUUUCUUAAGUAGUCUAGAACCUCAUGAACGAAGUAAGGAAUUACCAUCUGGGUGGUUCAAUUGGGUGAAACCUUUCUUCAAUACCCCAGAUGAGGUAGUACUCAACCAAUCUUCACUCGAUGGGUACCUAUUUCUCAGAUUCCUCAAGAUUAUGUGUGUCAUAUGUCUUGUGGGAUGUGGUCUCGUAUUUCCUGUUUUGAUACCAGUACAUGUACUUGGAGGUGCCGGUAAUGAGCAACUUGAUCAAUUGACCUUUGGAAAUGUUACCAAUACCCAAAUGUACUAUGUGCAUGCAUUUUUGGCAUGGCUCUAUUUUGGAUUUAUCAUGUAUACAGUCUCACGAGAGUGCGUAUACUACAUUAAUCUCCGUCAAGCUUAUCUACUUCAUCCUUAUUAUGCUAAACGUCUGUCAUCGAGGACUGUCCUGUUUACAUGUGUUCCUCAACAAAAUCUGGAGGAAGCUAAAUUACGAAAGGUGUUUGGCGAUGCUGUCAAGCAUGUUUGGAUACCUAGGGAGACUGGCGAGCUGCAGGAUUUGGUGGACGAAAGGAAUCAAACUGCUUAUCGACUGGAAAGAGCGGAGACGACAUUGAUCAAAACUGCAAAUAAAGAAAGAAAUAGAGCUCUUAAACAUGGUCAUCCAGAUCUUGAAUCAAGCAUCGGUAUCAAUUCUGUGCAAGAGACAAAACGAGAAUUCACAGCUACUGGGACUCGGAGACCAAGCUUGGUUAGAAGUCCAGCUGACGUGACGCCCAGGGAUAACGAGAUGUCGGAAGUUCCCGUCACACCCAAAGAUAAUUUAGUAGGAUCAAACUCUAGUUCAAUUGAUGGUACGGCGAAGGAAACCACGGCUCCCGAAGUAGAGAUGUCGCAGACAAGUUCUCAACCUACCACUGACGUAAAUCCCGCUACCCCUGCCCUCAAAUGGGGAGACAAUGGUUAUGGAAUGUCCGGGCCUCCUCCAGGAGUAAGUGGAUCAAUUGCUUCACAAUGGAUUCCUCACAGCUGGAGACCGACUCAUCGACCAUUAUCAAACUAUGGAAGAAGUGUCGAUACCAUCAAAUGGACACGGAAUCGAUUGAAGGAAAUUGGACCUCAAAUUAGCAAACUGAGGAGAAAUCAUCGACAAGGAAAAGUCAAGCCAUUGCCGGCCGCAUUUAUCGAGUUCGAUACUCAGGUUAAUGCACAAUCCGCCUAUCAAACACUCUCUCAUCAUCGAGCAUUCCACAUGAAACCCCAUAUCAAUGGUAUUCGACCACAUGAAAUUGUAUGGGAGUCACUUCGAAUGAAAUGGUGGGAAAGAAUAAUGCGCAACUUUGCAAUCCAAGGUUUCGUUGCCUGUCUAGUUAUAUUUUGGUCCGUUCCCUGCGCAUUUAUCGGAAUUGUAUCCAACAUUAAUUUCUUGACCAAAAAAGUCCCAUUUCUUGGUUGGAUCAACAAGCUUCCCUCUUCAAUUCUUGGUGUGGUUACAGGCUUGCUACCAGCUUUAGCAUUGUCAAUCCUUAUGGCACUGGUUCCAGUUAUUCUACGAACUUGUGCUCGUCAAGCCGGGAUACCAUCUUACUCGAUGAUUGAACUAUACACACAGUCUACCUACUUUGUAUUCCAAGUGGUACAGGUAUUUCUCGUGACAACCAUCACCUCAGCAGCAUCUGCUGCUUUCGAAAAAAUCGUCGAAGAUCCAACUUCCGUGCGAUCACUACUUUCGCAAAAUCUACCCAAAUCAUCAAAUUUCUACGUCUCCUAUUUCAUUCUCCAAGGUCUUGCCAUGUCCGCUACGAGAUUAUUACAAAUACCUACACUGGUUCGUCAUUUGAUAUUUCAAAACGAACAAAAUCCGAGAGUCAUGAUCAAUAAAUGGCACAAAAUCAGAGUCGUACAUUGGGGAGCUGUUUAUCCUGUCUUCACCAAUAUGGGUGUUAUAGCAAUCACCUAUUCACUGAUCAGUCCGUUGACUAUCGUAUUCGCACUCAUCGGGUUAUCUCUGAUUUACCUUGUAUCGAAGUAUAAUCUACUCUACACAUAUUCCUCGGAGAUAUCGACGCGGGGGCUCUUGUAUCCCCAUGCUCUUAAACAGCUACUCACAGGUGUAUAUCUUGCGGAGAUUUGCCUCAUUGGUCUUUUUGGAUUACGAAGCGCAUUUGGGCCAUUGGUGAUCAUGUUCGGAUUAACAAUCUUCACUGCAUUAAUUCAUGUCAGUCUCAAUGAAGCACUCGGACCACUCCUCUGGAAUCUCCCUCGAACUCUCGCUGUGGAAGAACUAUAUCGCGGAUUAGCAUUCAAUUCCGAUCUCCAAACACCUAUGCCUACCUCAAAUAGACUCAGCAACACAAAUGAAAAUGGCGAUUCAUUCUUCCCAAUGGACACUCCUCCACAAUCUCAAUCGCAACCAGCAGUAUCAACAUACAUAGCCCAUCGCAUGUCCAGUACCCCGAAUGUUCAACCGACUAUCCAUGAAGAAGAUGAACAUGAAAAGGAAAAUAACUCCUCCAAUUCCUCCAAUAAAGACUCCGACGACGACGAAGAAGACCACGAACUCAACCCCCAAACCCGGUCUAUCCACCCCAAAAAUAUCGAAGGACUCCCUCACCUCUCAAAACUAACCUUCACCUUCCUCCUCACCGCCAUCCGCUCAAAAGUCCAACCACACCUCCACAAACUAACUCCCUACUUCAUCUACCUAACCCCCCUCAUAUCGCCCACCUACGACCCCCUCAAACCCCCGAACUUCCUAAUAAAAUUCCUCCACCCAGAAAUCUUCUCCGACUACCACAUCCUACGCUCCCUCACCGCUCCUCUCCCAUCCAUGGACUCCGGCUUCGAAUACACAACCAAACAACACGAAGAUGCGUAUUUUGCACCCUGCGUAGCACGAGGACUUGAUCCUAAACUGUGGAUCCCGCGAGAUGACGCCGGAGUUAGUAAACAGGAAUGUGAACACACGAGAAAGAUUGCGGGUGUGGAGUGUAGUGAUGAAGGGGUGGAGUUGACUAAGGAGGGGAGAAUCGUGGUUCGGGAUUUGCAGGCUGAAAAUUGUAUUUGGAGGAAGGAGACGAGGUUUUAG